AUGCUCACCUACAAAGCACUCAAUGGACUGGGGCUCACAUACAUGUCUGACCUCCUGCCCCCCCCAAUUUCCAGCACUCCUACACUCCUGCACCCCUACUAUCCUGCAACCCUACACUCCUGCACCCCUAAUCUCCUGCACCCCUACACUCCCGCCCCCCCAAUUUCCUGCACCCCUACUUUCCUGCACCCUUACACUCCUGCACCCCUACCUUCCUACUCUCCUGCACCCCUACUCUCCUGCACCCUUACACUCCUGCACCCUUACACUCCUGCACCACUACUUUCCUACACCCCUACUCUCCUGCAUCCCUACCUUCCUACACCCCUACUCUCCUGCACCCUUACACUCCUGCACCCCUACUAUCCUGCACCCCUGCACCCCUACCUUCCUGCACCCCUACUCUCCUGCACCCCUACCUUCCUGCACCCCUACUCUCCUGCAUCCCUACUCUCCUGCACCCUUACACUCCUGCACCCCUACACUCCUGAACCCCGACUCUCCUGCACCCCUACCUUCCUGCACCCCUACUCUCCUGCACCCUUACACUCCUGCACCCCUACCUUCCUACAUCCCUACUCUCCUGCAACCCUACUCUCCUUUAACCCUUACACUCCUGCACCCCUACCUUCCUGCACCCCUACUCUCCUGCACCCCUACUCUCCUGCACCCUUACAUUCCUGCACCCCUACACUCCUGCACCCCUACCCUCCUGCACCCCUACCUUCCUGCACACCUACUCUCCGGCACCCCUACACUCCUGCACCCCUACCUUCCCGCACCCCUUCUCUCCUGCACCCCGACUCUCCUGCACCCUUACACUCCUAUACUCCUACCUUCCUGCACCCCUACACUCCUAACAGUCCACUGCACUCCUCUGACCCUGGCCUUCUCACCCUCCCUAGCACCAGGCUCCACUCUAUGGCAGACCGGGCUUCAGGCAGUGCAGCUCCCCAAUUCCAGAACUCUCUCCCUCUCCAUGUCAGAACCUCACGAUCCAUACACAUAUUCAAGUCCACAAUAAAGAAACAACUCUUCACACAGGCUUAUCUGGAUUCUCUGUUGUCUUAG